AUGGCGCUGCGUGCGACGCCCGCCUUGCGACGGGGCACGCCCGCGGAGCUGAUGCAGGGAUUCCGCCGCUGGGGCGCGAGUGUGUAUGCGCGCACCGCGAAUGUAUCGGUGGCGCCAGGCGAGGCGCCCGUCUCUGACAUGUCGAAAAAAGCAUUCGAGCACUGGCGCAACAGCGAGACGGGCCGCUGGAACCCGCCCAAAUACUCGCUGCGGCGGCAGGCCCAGCUCGUCCGUGCCGCGUACGCGGUCGAGCAGCCUGAGCUCGUCAAGGCGAGCCCCAAGUAUGCGCGGUACAUGCGCCGCUGGGAGAGCAUGCCGACGCACGAGGUGUUCACCGGCUUUCCGGCCGUGCAGUGGCCGCAGCUGAGCGCGGCCGACGACGCCCGCGAGGCCGAGCGCAUCGCACGCACCUUCUCGCAGCAUGGCCCGUACGCGGGCCGCGCGCGAGCCCGCAUGUUCAAGGGCAAGAAGGGCGACCGCGCGUCGCGGUCCCGCCAGCGCGUCGUCGAGGAGAAUAUGCGCACGAUCGACGAGACGAUCCAGGAGUGGCGCGAGGACAAGGCCGCUGCGCGUGCCAAGGCCAAGCCUGUCUCGCCCCUGUAG